AUGGAGAUUCGUUGACAUCCUGGUAAUAUGGAACUACAAUAAUGCUUGGGAAAAAGCGAACCAAGCGAGUUGUAGGGAAUAUAAUUUGGUCCAAGAGGAGUCACCCGGCUAAAGACCAUUCCUCAGUACAAAUACAAUGUUAUUGAAGCAGUAAUCGACCCUUGUUUGGAGACUAUGGUGUUGUGAGAUUAGUGUAAAAGAAGAGUGCAGAAUAGACUUGAGACAGCUGGCAACAUGCUCACGCCGGGUGGGAUUGGACAACCCAGCAUUUACCAUGCCCUUGUUGUGAUAUUCCUAGAAUUUUUUGCCUGGGGGCUGUUGACGUCCCCAAUCAUCACUGUUCUCAAUGAGACUUUCCCGAAUCACACCUUUCUUAUGAAUGGACUCAUCCAGGGAGUUAAGGGUAUGCUGUCAUUUCUGGCAGCCCCGCUGGUUGGGGCGCUGUCUGACGUUUGGGGGAGGAAGCUUUUCCUGGUGCUCACAGUUUCCUUCACAUGUGCGCCUAUACCCCUUAUGAAGAUUAGUGCAUGGUGGUACUUCGCCACAAUCUCUAUGUCAGGGGUGUUUGCAGUGACUUUUAGUGUUGUGUUUGCAUAUGUUGCGGAUGUAACUACGGAAGAAGACAGAAGUCAGGCAUAUGGGCUGGUGUCUGCAACAUUUGCAGCCAGUCUUGUCACAAGUCCUGCUAUUGGUGCUUAUCUAGGUCAGAUGUAUAGUGAAACAUUGGUUGUUUGGCUGGCUUCUGCUAUAGCAUUACUAGACAUUUUAUUUAUUCUGGUGGCUGUACCGGAAUCACUCCCAGAGAAGCUGCGACCAGCCUCCUGGGGCUCACAAAUCUCUUGGGAGAAGGCAGAUCCCUUUGGGGCUUUAAAGAAAAUAGGCCAGGAUCAGUUGAUCCUGUUAUUAUGUGUUACUGUUUUCCUGUCUUACCUACCAGAGGCUGGCGAAUACUCCUGCUUCUUUGUUUAUCUUAGAUUAGUUAUGGGUUUCAGUGCUGAAACAGUUGCCUCAUUUAUAGCUGUUGUGGGAGUUUUAUCAGUAAUUGCCCAAACUAUGAUUCUAGCUGUUAUAAUGAAGUAUUUUGGUCAUAAACAGGCCAUUCAAUUUGGCUUACUCUUUGAAACAAUCCAGCUAGCAUGUUACGGCUUUGGAUCACAGACUUGGAUAAUGUGGUCAGCCGGGUGUAUUGCUGCAAUGUCUAGUAUCACUUACCCAGCUAUCAGUGCGUUUGUGUCCGCACAUGCCGAUCCUGACCAGCAAGGUGUUGCACAAGGGGUUGUAACAGGUAUCCGAGGACUCUGUAAUGGCCUGGGACCAGCACUGUUUGGCUUUGUCUUCUAUUUAUUUGACGUGGAUCUCAACGAAACAACGGACAUGAAGAAGGCUCCUGUGCAAAAACAAAAUAAAAAUGCUCCACAUAAUUUAACAUUUCGUCUAAACUCCAAAGAAUUUUUGGAUUUGGUUCCGGGACCUCCCUUUGCGUUUGGUGCAGUUCUGGUAAUCUUGGCGCUGUUAGUAUCUGUGUUCAUUCCCAACAACCCACAUGGUAUAGUGGGAAAGUCUCCAGUUAGGCGAAGCGCACCGGUCGCUUUAGAAUUCGGUCCUAAAGAUUCAGGAAGCCGUAAAUCUGAGGAAGUUAAACCCUUGAUGGCAGAUGAAGAAGAAAAUAUUUUAUAACAGUGGACAUAAUGAUGUGGGACAAUCAAAAACUUUUUGGAAGGGAUAUGAAUGUAUUGAUUAUGGUAGGUAGAGUGCAUCUGUGUGUAUCAGAUCACUGAAGACAGUGCUGGGAGACACUCUGUUGAACUUUGUGAUACUGUAAAAAAAAAAAAAAAACUGACUCAUUGUGAUUUAUCACAUCUUCCUGGGAAGUAUCCUCAUUUUAUCACCUUUUGUCUUUAAUUAGACAGGGUGAACAACCUGUCUUUCCGAACUUUAAAUGAAUACUCUGGUUUUGGGUUCUUUGAACCGGUCUUUGCCAGUGACACCAACCAUCAUUUUUGCCCCCUAAACUUGCCCCCCCCCCCUUCCCAAAUCAUUUGUCGAUAUAUAGAGACAAACGUGUAUGACACCAUUUUGGUGUUUGCAGCCAUAAUAUGUGUAUAGGGAAAGGUUCUGAUGGAUAGGUGCUUGAAGUGGUGUCAAGGCUCUCAUAGUCUUUGUAUUGUUAUAUUGUGAACUAAAAAUUGUUUGGGUGUAAAUGAAAAGAUGUAAGAUAGAACUAUUGUGUUUUUAAGUCAAUCAAUUUAUAAAAUUACUGUUGUGAAAUAAGAAGUUGUUACAGUCUUGUAGUUGUUGAGAAUUGGUAAACAAGUUUCCCAGUUUGCAAUGGCACUGGAGUGUUUUAUGGCUAACAUUAGGCAGUUACAUAUACUCAGAGAAAGGCUAAGAGGUUGUGUAUGCCUGUUAGGUAUACAUUUGAAACAUUUUAUCUAUCUUACCAUGUCUUAGGCAAUACAACUUGACUGAAAUUUUUGAGGGUGGAUUAGGCAUUUUUUAUAAACAACCUUAAACGUACAUUAAAAGAAAAUGUGGAUGUGACAAGGGAGCAUAUCUGUUAAGGCCUUGUGUGAUAAAUGGUUUUAUCUCAUUAAAAACUUUAAAAUUCUUAGAAUUUUCUUUCCAUGACAAUUUUGGAUAUGAGUGCAACAUAAAGGUGAGAAGUUGUCAUUAUUGUGUAACAGUUUAUCCGUUUAACUACUUCGAAAUGCUUAAGUACUGAGCAUACCACUUUUCCAGACUAUGGGCCUACAUAUGUAAUGUGUAUGGUAUUGAAUAGAAAUGAGUCCUUACCCUUAAGUAGAAAGCCUUAGACAAAACUACAGUUGUGAGAGUAAAUGUGUUUAGCCCCAACCAAGUGUCUGUUUCAUACUCAUUGUAGGUGUAUAGUUAUAUUCUUCUUAAGACAUCAUUGUUGUCAUAGAUAUUCUAUGUAUGAGGUUUUCUGUGAGGAUGUGUGUAUAUAUUUGGGGAGCUGUAUUCUUAUAUGUUUAAUUGAAGUCUGGAAGAUUCAGCUAAUACAGUUAAUGGUUAAAUCUUUUAUGCUUAUUUUUGAACGAUGAUGUCACAUGUAGAUUCAGUUUUCAUUUUUGUUGUUUUUUUGUGCUUAGUCUCCACGCUGUACAGAGCACCUGCCAUCCCAAUCUACAAUCAUUUCACCACACUACAAGUACAUUUAUCACAUGUUAGUAUCGUUAGGUCCAUGUACAAUGUUUCACUGCAUAUCAGAAGAUGACUCUAUAGGCAUUCUUUGUGGUAGAAUAUGUUAGCAGCCAUUUCAGGCAUGUGACUCUUUAAGAAAAUUGAAUUCUUCUAUGAAACAAAUCCCAAUUAGUCAUCUGUAAACUGUAAAUGUGUUGUGCUGGAUACAUUAAUUUAUCUAAAAUUUGAACUCUUAAGUUGUGUGCCCAUUUUCCCAGAAAAGUCUGAGACUAAUAUGCUGAUCUUUGAAAGGUCUUUUGGGAUUUGUUUGUUUGGAAGGUGAUAUUCUAAGUAGCAGUAAAUGUUUCAGGACCAAAAGAAAUAUUACAUGCUAUCUGUUUGCUUAUAAAGAUACACUUUGUGGAUCAAACUUUUAUGCCAUUUACAAUACAUGCAAUUACCCAACAGUAUAGGAGGUAUUUGUAAAAUACUCUUCAUGGAUAAGAGGUUUUAAACAUAACUGUACCUGAAGAAAAACCGAGGAUAUACUAACUUGAUUUGUGAUCUGCAGGGUAAAAUAUUUCUUGGCCAAUUCUCUUUCCUCCGAUCUCAGUUGUAUUCAGGCAUUUAAAUUUGGCAAAUGUAAUUUGGGCACUUGGAGUAAUUCUAUAUUGUAAAUAAGCACAAAUGUUACAUAUGCUCAGAUCUUCAUUUUACUUUGUCAGUAAGCCAUUUCUGGUGGUAUUGUCAAUUGAUUUUCAUGAAAUUUCAGUUGAAUGAAACAUGUGUUUUGAACUCAGAAAUGUGAUCAGAGAUGCUGAAAUAUAGAUUACAUACAAUCUGGGAAAGCCCUAAGAUAUAUCAGAUACGUAUAUAUUAUCCUAGAGUCAUUACAAAAUCUGUAUUUUUUAAUCAUAAUUUGUUAUAAUUUUCCAAAUAGCUGUGGUCAUUUAUUCGAGUUAUGUAAAGUAUCUUACCCUGAAGCUUUAAGCCUGAAUUCCAUUACAUGUGAGGGAACUGAGGCAAGCUACUUAUUAUGUCGUGCAUUUUCAUGAAUUGGUUUUCAUGGUGUCAUUGUUCAAGAGGAUAAGUACAGUUCCAACCACAUGAACUUGGGAUAUCAUUUUUAAUAUCAGCGACCAGUGAAAAUAACUUUGAAAAAAAAGUACAUGAACUAAGCUAUUUCAACUUGUAGUGCCCAUCUCUUAAGUCAAACGAAAUAGAGCCUCUCCUCUUAUUCCAUUGGUUGUAUGCAAAUAAGGUUAAAGAGGCUUUACCAGAGAUUUUGGGCAAAAAAUCGCUAAGUCGAAUCAGAUUUAACUAUUUACCUAGAAUUACCUCAUUGUUGCCUUUCAGUAAAUACCUGGGUCAGACUAAUACCUGUACUAUUUACUGUAUAGUGAUAAAUUGAUUCUGAGGUUUAAAAAAGUUAUAAAACAAACUGCAUUAGAAAUUUUGAAACUUUAUUGACGAUUUUUAGCGGUAAAACAUUCACGGACGAGGCUGAUAUUUUGUGAAAAGCAUUUGGGAUAUUCUAAAAAAAAAAACACAGCAAAAAUUUGAUUGGAUGAAUGCUGAAUUAUUUUUUGCCCAAAAUCUUGGGUGUAAGUUAUAAUCCAGACUAUGUUAACAUAGCUAUAGAUUAACCCAUGAUUUCAUGAUCGUUAGGCAAAAUUUGUUAGCUUACAGUUUGUAGAGGUAUUGUCAUAGUGGUUGACACCUGUCCAUUUCAGUAUCUUUUGAAGGCUUCGAACCAAGUUUACCAAAGUCUUACCAUAUGUACAUGUACACAUUACAUGUAGGCAUUGGGAAGAACUUUUUUAAUUUGGUGUGACCUGGGUCAAUCUUUUGAAGGUUAUUGGUGUCAUUAAAAUCAUUUUUGUAAAAGGCUUGUAAAUGGAAUAUCUCUUAGUCUAUAAGUCUACAAGCAAUGCGAAUGUUUUCAUCAAGCUUGUGCCAAAUGUGCACCUUGUCAUUUAGAGGAACUCUAUUAAUUUUCAUUGAUCGUGAUAUAUUUUCAAGCUAUUUUUCAUUAGGCCUGCGUCUCCAUUACCUUGUUCAACACAUUUUAUCUCUGCAACUGGGCUUACUGCCAAGGAGUAUCUAGUUAAUUGCACAGUAUUCUUGAAACUGCUGUAAUGUGGUGCAACUCAAAUUAGCAAAUAUUGCUCAUGUGAAUGUUUGUACAUGUACUUAUUUGCAGUCGCGUUGUUUUCCCAUGUAUGCCAGUUUGUGGAUCAGGAUUUGUACAUACUUAUUUUCAUUUUGGUAAUCCCGAAUUGUCUUCCAUGCCAAGACUUCAUUGCAUUGCUUAAAGUAUGUAUAUGCUUUCCAUACGCUUCUUUGUUUUGUGUGUGUGUGUGUGCAUGCAUAUGCUUGUGAAUAAAUCAACUUGUUAUUUUAAGA